AUGAGACUGGUGCUACCUAACCCAGGGCUGGAUCUCCGGAUCCCCAACUACGAGGAUCUGGACAGGAUCGAGAAGGAGGAGGCAGAAGGCAGUGACCGACCCAAAUGGGACAACAAAGCCCAGUACAUCCUCACCUGUGUGGGCUUCUGCAUUGGGCUUGGGAACGUGUGGAGGUUCCCUUACUUGUGUCAAAGUCAUGGAGGAGGUGCCUUUCUGAUACCAUACCUCAUUCUGCUGGUGCUGGAGGGAAUGCCGCUCCUGCUGCUGGAGUUUGCCAUUGGCCAGCGUCUGAGGAAAGGCAGUGUGGGAGUGUGGAGGGCCAUCAACCCUUAUCUGACUGGUAUUGGUAUAGCCUCCAUGCUGGUGUCCUUCUUGGUUGGACUGUACUACAACACCUUAAUAGCCUGGAUCAUAUGGUAUCUCUUCAAUUCCUUUCAAAGCCCACUGCCUUGGACCCAGUGUCCUCUCAAUGACAACAGGACAGGAUUUGUACCCGAGUGUCAAGAGAGCUCCACAGUGGAUUACUUCUUUUAUCGAGUGACUCUGAAUAGUUCGGCUUCUAUCGAUGAAUCAGGAGGAAUCCACUGGCCCAUAGUCCUGUGCCUGUUCGCUGCCUGGUCAAUAGUCGCUAUCUGCUGCAUAAGGGGAAUUAGCACUUCUGGCAAGGCAGUGUACGUCACUGCCAUCCUGCCAUACAUAGUGCUCGCCAUCUUCCUGAUCCGAGGACUGACUCUUAAAGGAGCCCUGAGUGGAAUUAAGUUCCUCUUCACACCAGAAGUGGAGGAGUUGAUGAAACCAAUAACCUGGUUGGAUGCAGGUGCUCAGGUCUUUUACUCCUUUGGUUUGGCAUGGGGAGGCCUCAUCUCCUUCUCAAGCUACAACCCUGUUCACAACAACUGCAUGCAGGAUGCUGUGAUCCUGUCUGUGGUAACUGGCUUCACUUCAGUCUACGCUGCCAUGGUCACCUACACCAUCAUCGGCUUCAGGGCCACUGAGAAAUAUGACAACUGUAUCAGUGGAAACAUCAUGACAUUAUUAAAUGCAUUUAAUCUUCCUGAGGACAACAUCACUACAGACAACUACGAGGCAGCGUUCAAUCACCUCAACAGCUCCAAUCCUGACAUUGUCCUUGGACUGGACAUCAAAACUUGUGACAUACAGACGCUUCUUAGUGAGGGAGUGGAGGGAACAGGUCUGGCCUUUAUUGUGUUUACAGAGGCCAUCACCAAGAUGCCUGGUUCCCCAAUCUGGUCUGUCCUCCUCUUCCUCAUGAUGCUCUGCUUGGGCCUCUCAACCCUGUUUGGCAACAUUGAAGGAGUGGUGGUCCCCUUAAAGGACCUGAACGUGUUCCCUAAAAAUUGGCCCCAUGAAGCUCUGACAGGAACAAUAUGUGUUGUCUGCUUCCUCAUCACCCUCCUGUUCGCGCAGCCUUCAGGGUUUUACUGGGUCAAUCUCUUUGACAGUUUUGCCGGAUCAGUUCCUCUCCUCACCACUGGAUUGUUUGAGAUGAUAGCUGUUGUUUACAUCUACGGCAUAGACAGGUUCAAUGAGGAUUUCAAGUUCAUGACCGGACGUAAGCCUUCCAUCUUCUGGCAGGUGUCAUGGAGGUUCAUCAGUCCUCUAAUCGUCCUGGUGAUCUUAGUUUUCUACCUGGUGACCCAAGCCCAAGAAGAGCUCAGCUAUUUAGUCUGGGACCCAAACGCUGUGGAGUUUCCAUCCCUGGUUAGAGCACUUUACCCUUCGUGGAUCAAUGCAGUCAUAUUCCUAUUGGCAGGCGUCCCUAGUGUGGCAGUGCCUGUGUAUGCAUUGUGUAGACUGGUUUUUAAUUGCUUUAAGAAAAGAAGUCUUGAUGGCUCCUUGGUCGCCAUGAGACUGACGCUUCCUAACCCAGGACUGGAUCUGCGGAUCCCCAACUAUAAGGAUCUGGAGAGAAUGGAGGAGGAAGACAUCAGUGACAGGCCAAAGUGGGACAACAAAGCCCAGUACAUCCUGACCUGCGUGGGCUUCUGCAUUGGGAUCGGCAACGUAAACAUCAUGAAACUAUUAAAUGCAUUUAAUCUUCCUGAGGACAACAUCACUACAAGCAACUACGAGGCUGCGUACAAUCACCUCAACAGCUCCAAUCCUGACAUUGUCCUUGGACUGGACAUCAAAACGUGUGACAUGCAGAAGCUUCUCAGUGAGGGAGUGGAGGGAACAGGUCUGGCCUUCAUUGUGUUUACAGAGGCCAUCACCAAGAUGCCUGGUUCCCCAAUCUGGUCUGUCCUCUUUUUCAUUAUGCUUCUCUGCCUGGGAAUAUCAACCCUGUUUGGCAACAUUGAAGGAGUGGUGGUCCCCUUGAGAGACCUGAAAAUGCUUCCUCAAAAAUGGCCCCAAGAAGCCGUAACUGGAACAACAUGUGUUGUCGGAUUCGUCAUCUCGCUCCUGUUUGCACAGAAUUCUGGGUUUUACUGGGUAACGCUCUUCGACAAUUUUGCUGGAUCAGUUCCUCUUCUGACUAUUGGAUUGAUUGAGUUGAUCGCUGUCGUUCACAUCUAUGGCAUAGACAGGUUCAAUGAGGACUUGGAGUUCAUGAUUGGAUACAAGCCCUCCAUCUUCUGGCAGGUGUCAUGGAGGUUCAUCAGUCCUCUAAUCAUCCUAGUGAUCUUAGUUUUCUACCUGGUGAUCGAAGCUCAAGAUGAACUCACCUAUUUGGUCUGGGACCCAAGUUUUAAGGAGUUUCCAACUCUGGCAUCAGUGCCCUACCCUCCAUGGAUCAAUGCAGCCAUAUUUGUCUUGGCAGGAGUCCCCAGUCUGAUGGUGCCCGUGUAUGCAUUAUGUAAGCUGGUGUUUAGUCGCUGCAGGAAAAGCACUGCUUCCUGAAAAUGAGCAGCAUUGUCUUACAGCAGACAUCAUGUUUUAGAAUAGAACAAAAUGCAUUGUUAUUUAAUUAGUUGUUUCUUUCAUAAGUUAACUUUAUAUGUGAAUAACAUCUGUGCAAUAUGUCAGCAUCUCAAA